GCGCGCGCGCAUGCGCAGUCGGGGUGGCGGACGGCAAAGGGGGGGGGGGAAGAUGGAUCCGCGGGCGGUGCCGAGCGACCUGUACCCGCAGGUCUACAGCUUCCUGCGGCAGAACAAGUUCGACAAGGCGGCCAAAGCCUUCCUGAAGCAGUCCAACGUGAAAAUUCCAGAUAUAAAGUCACCUUCUCUUGUGGACAUUUUUGACUUCUGGGUGAAGUCAUCUGGGAAAGCAAAGAAAAGGCAGGCUGUUCCUAAUGGUCCUCCUGCAAAAAAGGCCAAGAAAGGUGAAUCUUCCAGUAGUUCAGACAGCUCAGACAGUUCUGAAGAAGAAUCCACUGCAAAGAAGCCAGUGAACAAGCCACCAGCAUUUACAGUAAGCAAACCCACUGCCAAAAAUGUUGUUAGUAAGAAGGAAAGCAGUAGCAGUGAAGAGUCAAGUUCGGAUUCUGAGGAAGAAACAAAGCCAGCACAGAAGGCUGUCGCUGUUAAAAGUGCAGCUCCUGCAAAUAAAGCCGCUCCAGCCAGCAAGCCAGUUGCCAGAAAAAAAGAUGAAAGUUCUAGCAGUGAAGAUUCGGACAGCUCAGAGGACGAGAAACCUGCUGCAAAAGCUCCUGUGAAACCAGCGGCCACUCCAAAAACUGUCAAUAAAGCAGCAGAGGAGAGUAGUGAAGAUGAUUCUAGUGAUGACUCAAGUGACUCGGACUCAGCUGCAGAGAAACAAGUGGCAUCUGCACAAAAAGUAGUGCCGAAGAAAACUCAGCCAUCCAAGUCUCCUGCCGUUGGAAAGGCACCGAAUUCAAAAUCCGCAAUCCCAGCUAAAGCAGUGGCAGCCACGACAAAGGAGAGUUCGAGCAGUGAAGAGUCUGACAGUUCAGAUGAUGAGCCAUCUACCGUAAAACCUAAAGCACAACAAGGUUCCUACAGUGCAGUACCACCUCCCAAAGAUCAGAAUGUAAAGGUAGGUGCAGCCAAGAAGGCUCCGGCUAAGGAUGUGGCCAAAAAGAAACCAGCAAAGGAUUUGGCCAAGAAGGUACCGGCUAAGGUUUCGGCCAAGAAGGUACCGGCUAAGGAUUUGGCCAAAAACACACCAGCUAAGGACACGGCCAAAAAGGCACCGGCUACGGAUGUGUCCAAGAAAACGCCAACUGCAGCUGUGUCCAAAAAGACACCAGCUGCGGGUGUGACCAAAAUGGAAAUCAGUGAAUCAUCAGAUGACAGCUCGGACAGCAGUGAUGAAGAGGCAUCCAUGAAACCUGCCACAACAAUUGCACAGGUAAAAACGGGCCACACACCAACCAAGAAUACUGUUGCUGCUCAGAAACCUGCAGCCAAGAAAGCAUCUUCCAGCUCCGACAGUGAGUCCGACUCUGAAAGUUCUGAAGAGGAAGCCAAAUCAAACCCCGCGUCGAAAACUGCUGCAAAACCCCUGCCGAAAGCAGCUGCAGCCCAAGCGAAGAAACCGGAGAGCAGCUCGGACUCUGACUCGGAUAGCUCCAGUGAUUCGGAUGAAAAGAGCAAGGCUGCUGCAGCAACCAAACCAGCUGCCAAAGCUGGUGCUACACCUGGGAAACCAGCGAAGAAAAUCACUCCAGCAGCCAAGGCUGCUGCUGCAGAAGAAAGCAGCUCGGAAUCGGAAAACUCCAGCAGUGAAGAGGAGGCAAAGACUCCGGCAAAAGCUGUGAUCCCCAUGAAAGCCAAAUCUCCAGCGGUGACGGCAAAAACCAAUUCCCCGGCAGUGACAGGAAAAGGCAGGCCCUUGGCAGUGAACAAAGGUGAAAGCAGCAGUUCUGAAGAAACUUCCAGCGAUGAUGAGCCUCAGUUGAAAACUCCAGUAGCCCAAUUAAAAAAGGCAAACCCCACUUCUCCUCUGGCUGCAAACUCUGCGGCCAAGAAAGCCGAGAUCAGCAGCAGCUCGGAUAGUUCAGAGUCUGAGUCAGAGGAGGAGAAGCCAAAAGGCAAGCUGACUGUUCCCAAUGAUGUGAAAACACCCACCAUGAUACCUGCCAAGAAGGCAGCAGAGAGCAGCUCUGAAGAUGACUCCUCUGAUGAUGAGGAGGAGGAGAAUACCAAGUCAGUAAAUGGUACAGUAAAUAGCACGACAAAGAAGGAAAGCUCCUUAUCUUCAGGCAAUGUGAAUGCAGCAAGCCAGAAAUUGCAAACAACUCCAAACACAGUUCCAAAAGCUAAAAAGAAAACCCAAACCAAGAUAACACCUGGAACUAAGCCUCAACCUAAUACUCCUUUCCGUAGAGUAAGAGAAAAUGAAGUUGAAAUUGAUCCACGUUUUUCAAAUAACUCGUUUGCUGCAAAGAGAGGGGCAUCAGGAGACUGGGGCGAGAAAGCCAAUCAUGACUUGAAGUUCACAAGAGGAAAGUCCUUCAGGCACGAGAAAACAAAGAAAAAACGUGGUAGCUAUCGGGGUGGUUCCAUUGCCAUGACAGUGAACUCCAUCAAAUUCGACAGUGAAUGAACAGAAACUGUUUAACCCAAUUAAUGGUCAAAUUAUAAGAUCCAUUUUUUUAUAAAUGGUUUAAGCUCGGAGUGUGUGGUUCCAGUACCUCUUCUGUUUGAAAUCUCUAGUGAAUUCUCUGGAAGUAUAUCAUUCUUUCCAGGCCAAAUUGUUGGUAUUUAAAAUCAAUUGGAUUUUGAUUGAAAUAUUUGUUUAAUGUAAAAUAUUAACGUGAUCUAAUGGCAAAUUUCAAAAUAAAUGCUAGAGAGUUAUCUUUUUAAAAAAAAAUCUGGCAUUUUAGUCCAGUUUGAGUAUCAGCAUUUCAAUGUUUGUUCUGUAUGAGAUUCUGAGGGCAACUAUUAUGGAUGCUUCAUAAGCAGCUCAUUGAAUAAACCAUGUCUGAGUUAAUUUUUUUAAUAAAACAAUCUUCACUUUUCA